CCCUCCUACUCUGCUCCUCUCUCUGAGCUCGAGCUUCUCUUCCCUCUCUGAUCCUUCACGAAACCUGCGCGAGGCGAGCACUGAAGCACGAGGCGAUUCCCCCCUCUCCCCUUCACUUCAGUCAACAUGGCUACAAUUGUAACCUCGACCAGAUUCACAGACGAGUAUCAGCUCUACGAGGAACUCGGAAAGGGUGCCUUCUCGGUCGUCCGCCGAUGUGUCAAGAAGUCCACCGGCCAGGAGUAUGCUGCUAAAAUUAUCAACACAAAAAAGCUUUCAGCCAGAGAUCACCAGAAACUGGAGAGGGAGGCGAGGAUUUGUCGUCUGCUUAAACAUCCAAACAUAGUACGACUUCAUGAAAGCAUCUCGGAGGAGGGCUUUCAUUAUCUUGUCUUUGACCUUGUCACUGGGGGAGAGCUGUUUGAGGACAUUGUUGCCAGAGAGUACUACAGCGAGGCAGAUGCCAGCCACUGUAUCAAUCAGAUCCUGGAGAGCAUCAGCCACAUCCACCAACAUGACAUUGUCCACAGAGACCUCAAGCCAGAAAAUCUGCUCCUGGCCAGUAAGAUGAAGGGAGCGGCGGUGAAGCUUGCAGACUUUGGUUUAGCCAUUGAAGUACAAGGGGACCAACAGGCAUGGUUUGGUUUUGCUGGAACUCCAGGAUAUUUGUCCCCAGAGGUGUUGAGAAAGGACCCGUAUGGCAAGCCAGUGGACAUAUGGGCAUGUGGUGUGAUCCUGUACAUCUUGUUGGUGGGCUACCCUCCCUUCUGGGAUGAGGACCAACACAAACUGUACCAACAAAUUAAAGCCGGUGCAUACGAUUUCCCAUCUCCAGAGUGGGACACAGUAACCCCUGAGGCCAAGAAUCUGAUCAAUCAGAUGUUAACAAUUAACCCUGCCAAAAGAAUCACUGCUGACCAGGCCCUCAAGCACCCGUGGGUCUGCCAACGCUCCACUGUGGCCUCCAUGAUGCAUCGUCAAGAGACAGUGGAAUGUCUGCGCAAGUUCAACGCCAGGAGGAAACUCAAAGGAGCUAUCCUCACAACAAUGUUGGUGUCCAGGAACUUUUCAGUGGGACGGCAGCAUACCAGCCCUGCCGCUACCACCAGCACAGCCGCAAUGGCACAGGAAGCUUGCAAAUCCUUACUAAACAAGAAGGAUGGAGUGAAGUCGCAGGGAAACAACAGUAAAAACAGUGUAGUAAGCAGCAGCAGCACCAAAGACAGCAGCAUGUCAUCUUCAGCACCAAUGGAAGCCCAGACAACCGUUGUACACAACCCAGCUGAUGGCACCAAGGGCUCCACAGAGAGCUGUAAUAAUGCAGAAGAGGAGGAGAUGAAAGCUGGUCCUCUGCAGGAGGCUGUUAGCAGUUCCACUGUCCCUGUAGCUCAGGCUGGUCCAGCUCAGCCCUCCUGCCCUGAACCAGAGUCGGCCCAGUCACGCCCAGCAGGCAGCAGUAACCUGCAGCAGACUCGUAAACAAGAGAUAAUUAAGAUGACAGAGCAGCUGAUUGAAGCCAUUAACAAUGGUGAUUUUGAGGCAUACACAAGAAUCUGUGACCCUGGACUGACUUCUUUUGAGCCUGAGGCCCUUGGAAACCUAGUUGAGGGCAUGGACUUUCACAAGUUUUACUUUGAGAAUCUUCUGAGUAAAAACAACAAACCAGUGCACACCACUAUUCUCAACCCUCACGUCCACCUGAUUGGUGAGGAUGCUGCCUGCAUCGCCUACAUCCGUCUGACGCAGUACAUUGACAGCCAGGGACGGCCACGCUCCUGCCAGUCGGAGGAGACACGUGUGUGGCAUCGUCGCGAUGCCAAAUGGCUCAACGUGCACUUCCACUGCUCAGGGGCCCCAGCUGCCCCGCUGCAGUGAACCGACAACCCAGGCCCAGGUAUGCCUGAACUCUAGAGCUUUUUGGAGCGUUUUCUCUCCGUGGUUGGAGUGGAGCCUGGAUCCUGGCUGGGACGAGGCUGCUCAGAGAACACAAAAGUGGGGAAUAUAUAUUACAAACUUUUAAAAAGGAAAAAAAACCAAAAGAAAAUAACAUAUUUUAAAGCUUGAAUGAAUAACCGACCAACACCAAUCCAGUCCAUCCCUAGCUAGAUGACGUUUGGGUCCAGCUGACAUCAGCCCACUUUUUGCAGAUGGUGCAUGUUUCUGAUGACAAUGGGGAUGAUGCUGCCCUGGUCCUUUUCUCCCAUGGCCUUUAUUUCCCCUGUCUUUGUUUUUGUCUGCCAUGUGGAAAAGUAUUAACGUGUUGCCACUAUAAUUAUAUAUAUAAAUAUAAAAACCUAAAACAAGUACACUUCACUCACAGUGGGUAUGGCUGGGGCAACAGUAUAUCUGUAAUAACGUCAUUAUUAUUUGUCUGGACAGCAGCAGAACGUCUACUUUGAUGCAGGUAUUGCUGGGAUGUGGGUGGGGUUUGCAGGGCUGGGAGCAACUAAUACAAACUUUAACCUCAGUUUGUAAAGUCAGGUUUGUGCAUGUGUCCACAAUGUUUUAAAGGAGAUGCAUUAGUGAAGGGAUCUUUACUUUUUAUUUUCUUUUUGUAUUAUGUGUUAGUAAAAGCUUUGUUUUUAUCUCCUCAAUUAUGGACAAUAUUUUAAAGUAUUUUUGUUGACAAUGUUUAAUUAUAAAAAAGGGGGAUUUUAUUUAACAGAAGUUUGUACAAAUAGCUAUUUAUGUAAGGAAAAAAGGAGAAACAAUUUGCUUUGAAGGGAAUUAGACAUAAAAAGGUUUUUUUUUUUGUUUGUUUGUUGUUUUGUGGGAGAGGUUGUGAGGUGCACCAGUGUAAAUACAAUGAUAUUCACACACACACACACAACAUGCAAGCACAGAUACACAGAAAAAAGUCCUGCUCUCUGCCCUUAAGGUGGCGUCUCCGAGGCCAGGCCAGCUCAUCCUGAAGUUGCAGAAGGCCUCCAUCUCUUUGGGCUGCAGCGUUUAGGUCAAACACAGGGUGGCACCAUUGGUCAAAGAAUAAAGCUCCUCACAUUUUAUCUGGAAGAACAAAGCACUCACAAACUUGUUUUUUCUUAUUUUUUUCGCUGUGUGUUUUAGGUGAAGCACGACUAAUGGCCUGUACUGUUUUAUGCACAGACACUUAAGACUCGAUGCUGUUAUGUUUGCUCUUCUGAAGGAGUAAAUCUUUCUGCAACUUCAGGUUAUGCUUGCCAAAUUUACUCCCUCCUACCUUACCUCUGCCCCUCUACUCUCAUCAUUCCUGCCUCUUGUACUCUUAUGAUGUGACCUUUGCUAACUGGUCCCAUUACCGUCUCAGUAAGACCAAGCUGUGUGAUGAUGAUGAUGUCACCUUUGCACCUGUCUCUUUGUUUUGAGGUGGUCUCAAAAUGUGUAUAUUGUGCGUCUUGGCUUGCUGUAGUCCGUGGAGUCUUGGCGUUAUAAAAAGCAUGUUAAAAAAGGGAAUGCAACUGAGGGGGGGGGGCAUGAUUAGAAGAGGGCUAUUUCAGCUUGAGAGCUGUGGGACCUUUGUUCGUGGCAGUUGAUGAAGUUGGUCCCUUUUAUCACUUUCUGUUGUAAACGUUGUAGCUGUAAAUGUUUUGAUGUUGAUAUUUUUUUUUUAAAUCUAUUUUAGCCAGAAAUGUUUUCAAGAGAUGAAAUUACCGGAGAUAGAUUUCCACAACCCCCUACCCCCUUUCUUUUCCUCUUUCUAAAUGUACCUGUUGAUCUUCAGACACUGAAAGACACAAGUUACUGUUUGUCAUCAGAUUUAUAACUUCACAGAAGCACACGAGCAUGAGGAUUCUCCCUUUUGAGAGGUCGAAACAUAUCUGUAUGUCAGUCGAACUUUGCAGCGCUGUUGUUUCACUGUGUUGUAGAAACUUUGUACCGGUGGAGGGGGGAGGGAGGCUUGCUGUGUGUCCCGUCUGUGCCACGCUGCUCCAUAAUAACUCGUGCACUAGUUUAGGCUGUUGCUGGUGGUCGUCUAAAAUAAGAAAUCGCAGUGAUGCUUCAAAUCAUCACAUAUCAUGUGUACCAACAGUCGAGAAGACUUUUAAUGUUGUGAAUCAUAUGUGAGCCCUCCCUCCUUCUGUAUCGACCACCUGUGCUCCUCUCAGAGUGCUGUGACAUAUCCAACGUGUUACGUAAACCGUGUUUCCUCCCACCGUUUGCACCAUGAUGACUCGUCGUAAAACCAGUACUGAAACUAUGUGAUGUUUUUACGGUUUAAAGUACUUUUGUUUGUGCUCUGGGUACAGGCCCAGUUGUAUGCUGAUGCUACAAAGACACUUUUUUGUAUUUAUUUUUUUUUUCUACAUUGUGUUUGCAUUUCCUCACAAUCAUUGUAAUGUUUUAAAAAAGGAUGCAAUUAAAUUUUUAAGUUAAUGGUUGUAUUACAAAGCAAGUGUUAAUAAGGAAGACUGAGCCUGGAGAUGUAGCUUAAACAGAACAGGGUCUGAGCUCAGUUUUGGAUUUAAAAUGGCUGGAACAAACAAAAUCUUGUAUCAACUUAUUUCCUGAUGAUAUUCUAGACACGAAAAUCUGACUGACAAAUUCAAAUACACUAUUGACUUUAUGUUGGCCUCUGACAUUGAAAUUAACAUGAAAGCUUUUUAUCAUCUAAGUUUUGGGGUAAAAAUCUAAAAAUUCAUUAAACACCCUUUUGGGGUCAAAUUGAACCAUGUGACAGAGCUGAUUGAAUUACAUCUUUCCAGCAUUUAAUCUGUUUAAAAGGAAGACUGGCCACAGACUUUAAGAACUAUUGAUCUCCAUAUUAAGAUUUUUAGUCUCUGAUAAGAUCCAAGUUAUUUAGGACUAUCAGCCAAUCUGUUGUAAACUAAAAAGCAAAGGUACAUAAAUGUUACCAAAACAUUAACAAAAAUAACCAUCUUAAUGAAGUAAGUUCAUUUUUUUCCCCUCUCAAUCAAUUAUUACACUUAUUUUAACAUUGCUAAAGUAAAAUUGGAACAUAAAACAUUCAUUUAAAUUGUUCCAUAAUGACUUUGAACUUGGCUUUUAACGCCAUAACAAUCCUUCUCUGCGACAUACUACAUGUUAUCUUCCGUUAUCCUGCCUGAUUCAGUGAUAUCUGUGAGCUGCAGGAAAAAUACAUGGGAUGUGUAUCAGUGACAUAAGCUGCUUUCACACAUCCUGAAAUGUUCCAGAGAUGUUCUGGAUGUCUCUGGUAAGAACCCUGGAACAACGGGUGAGACGGCGUAUGAAUGUGGAAGGAAACAGCUUUGUAGUGCUCAUCUCUCCCGUUAUCCUAAUAAGCCGUGUGCUAUCCAUCUUAGAUUGAAAGCAGCUGUUGUGGCUUUUGUAAUAUAACAGGAUGGGUGUUCAGAUGUACUUGAUGACCUCAAUAUGAACAAAAAAAAACACCUUCAUCCAUACAUACCUAAGCAUGACUCAACGUUACACUAUUUCAAAUUUUUCUGUCAAUUCUCCUUUUUAAAAAAGUCUUUUCUUCUUGAAUCAGGCAUUUGAAGUAUUUUAUGCAAACAGCCUGAAGGGGAAAGCCACUAAGUUGAAUAACACUGUCACUGUACUCAUGAUUUCUGACUAGAUAUUAGGUUUUCUCAAGCCAGCUAAAAAAAAAAAAAAAAGAAAAGUCUGCUUUUAACUUGCUUUGUAUUACACCCAUCUAAACUGAACGAGGGGGAGACAAUUUGCCAAGUUAUUUGGAAAAUUAACUAUUUUAGUCAUAAGAAUCUGGUGUCAAGACUAUGCUACAUAUACUACUAAGAUGUAGUGGGAAAAGCACAAAUGCCAAUAACUUUUUAGCCAAUUUUACCUGCUUCCCUUUCCUGAAUUAGAAACUAAUUUAAAAAAAAAAAGACUUGAAAUGUACCACAGAAGCCAGCUUUGGUCUUUUCACACCAACCACAGCAGGAACAGUACUUCACCGUUUCUAACUGCACAUAUGAAUAUAAAGUCAGUUCAAAUACUUUGGCAAAUGUCUGAUCUUCUUUAAACUGAAUUGUGAGCGUCAAGUGUCUAAAACAAAUGUUGAAAAUAAUUUAAAACCUUAACACCUUAUAUAUGCAGUUUUACAAAUGGAAGAAAUAUGCAUGUCUAGUUUCUGGUCAUUUUUCACUGUUAACUUGAUAAAGAAAUGGAAAUUUAUGUUAUUUGCAUCUUUGAGGUUAUGACAUGGCUGUCUGAGAUAUCAAAAUCAAGUGAUGUUGUUUUGCAUAAAAAUGCAUAAAAGAUUAGCUACAGCCUUAGCUUGUAUGUGCCCCUUUGACAGUAAAUUUAUUGCAUUGUAACCUUACAGUACGAAGGGACCACUUAAGUCUAAACUCAAUUGGAUGCUGGAUUUUUGCAUGAUCAUAAACUUAAUAAAAUCCUACAUUAAAAACUA